AGCCAUUCCGCCGCCAUGAGGCCCGCAGCGCGCCCUCCCACCAUUGCCGUUGCCAUUCCCUUCCUCCUUACCGCGCCAUUUGCUUCGACAUCUUCCAUACCUUCGCUCGCGGCGCGCACAUCACCGAAUGAAGAUGCAUCAUUAGCAAAGAGAGCAGACUCGACCACAUACCCGGCAGCGCGUUCCUUGGGACCGAGCCAAUACUGGGAUGGAAAUGACGGGCCAUGGACGUCGUUUCCUUUGCAACUGGGCAAUACCAACAAUCCACAGAAUAUUCGUGUCUUCCCCAGCACGGCCAUAGGCACGACGAUAUCAAUAAGCGCCAAUGGAUGUCCGAAAUACUACCCCUCGGACUGCGCUGAUGUGCGUGGCUUCAUAUUCAAAGCCAACGAGUCUUUGACUUGGGUAGCAAAUAGCAUGUACAAUGUGGGAAUAGAGCAGAAUCUGGGCAUGGACACGCAGGGACCAACAGGAUUUGAUACUGUCACACUAGGAUGGCAAGGCUCGACAAUUGGUACUGUGAACCACUCCGUGGUCUUCAACUUGGCUGACUCCCAAUACUGGCUCGGUCUACUCGGAUUGAAGCCGCAACCUUCAAACUUCACCACUUUCAAUGAUCCUCAACCUUCGAUCAUGCAGGAUCUGGUUAAUCACAACAUCACUCCUUCUUUGACUUAUGGCUACACUGCUGGUAAUCAGUACAGGCUGAACAAGGUCUACGGAUCCUUGACCUUCGGAGGCUACGAUUCGAAUCGCUUCGAUGCAAGCAAGAACAUUACCGUGAAGAUGGGAUCGGAUAUCACCAGAGAUCUACUUGUGAAUCUUCAAGGCAUUAAGACGAGCAGCGGAUCGCCAUCUAACCUACUGCCUGGCGGAUCCAUCAAUAUUCUGAUCGAUUCCUCCGUCGCUCAAAUUUGGCUUCCGAAGAGUGCUUGCACUGCUUUUGAAGAAGCCUUCGGUCUGACCUGGGAUCCAGAUUACAACUUCUAUCUUGUGAACAAUUCUCUGCAUGAAUCACUCACUGCCUCAAAUCCGAAAGUGACCUUCACAAUCGGAUCGCAAGCCUCUGGAGGAGAUACCGUGGACAUUACACUUCCAUAUGGAGCCUUCGAUCUGCUACUGGGAUUUCCGAACGUCUUGAACCUCAACUCUUCUUACAAGAGUGGCAAUGAGUCUUACUACUUCCCGCUCAAGCGCGCGGCCAACGACACCCAGUACAUCUUGGGGCGAACUUUUCUCCAAGAAGCAUACAUCAUCGCCGACUACGAUAGUUCAAACUUCACAGUUGCGCCGUGCAUAUGGGACGACUCCAAGGUCAGCACGACGAGUCUAAGGACGAUUCGACGAGCAAACGAGACAUCCUCCGACUCAGACGACAGCUCUACACCGGUCGGUGCCAUUGCCGGUGGUGUUGUGGGAGGUGUAGUGGGCGCUGUGGCAAUCAUUGGAGCCAUCCUCUACUUCAUGCGAAGAAGAAAACAGACAGAGAAGAAGCGGCUCGCCGAGCUCGAAGCCAAAGACGCCCAGGGCGCUGCGAAGACCAGUGAAGACCCCAGCAACGAGAAUAAGCCAUUCGUCUCACAACCGAUCAACGGCGAGCUCGGAGGCGGCGAGAUCCACGAGCUUGCACCUGCAAAGAUACCGCAGGCUCAAGAGAUGGACAGCCCGUACAAAGUGGACCCCAACAGGCACGGCUACUCCGAGAUGCAAGGCAGCCAUGAGGCCUUCGCACCGAAGGAUGGACCAUCAGAAAUGCAUGGUUCAACGCCUAUUUAUGAAAUGGCUGGGAGUGAUGUGCACGAGAUGCCGACGCGCACCAACACUGGAUGA